CGCGGGAGCUCGGAGCUGCGGAGCCCGGAGCGGGACGGGGGGCCGUCCUGUCAGGUGGGGGAGAUGGGAGACUUUCUCAAAUAGGGGCUUCACCGCCCCCACCCCCACCCGCGCCAUGGAGAACGGGGCGGCUGUUUACUUACAGUUUUUAGGAAAAAAAAAAGCCUCCUGCUCUUGUUGCUUUCACACGCUAAGUUGUUUAUCUCGGCUGCGGUGGGAGCUACGCUCGGUGGCGGGUGAGCGGCGCCGCCGCCCGAGCUAAUACUCACUUGAUGGACCCCAGUGAAUCCUUAACUUCCCCCAGUAGAAAUGAAGCCCGCAGUAGUGUGCUGGGUCAGGAGCGAGGAAAUGUGAUGGACUUUUAUAAAACCCUGAGGGGAGGAGCUACUGUGAAGGUGUCCGCAUCUUCCUCACUGGCUGCUGCGGCUGCUCAGCCGGACUCCAAGCAGCAGAGACUUUUGGUGGAUUUUCCAAAAGGUUCAGCAGGUAAUGCCCAGCAGCCAGACCUGUCCAGGGCAGUUUCACUCUCCAUGGGACUGUAUAUGGGCGAGACAGAAGCAAAAGGGAUGGGCAGUGACCUGGCAUUCCCACAGCAGGGCCAAAUCGGCCUUUCCUCGGGGGAGAGCGAUUUUCGGCUCCUGGAAGAAAGCAUCGCGAACCUCAGCAGGUCGGCCGGUGUCCCGGACAACGCCCGCGGUGCAGCGGCCGCCGCCGCCGCCGCGUCCGCAGCCUUGCCGGAGGAGUUUCCCAAAGCGCGCUCCGAGGUUUCUGCAGAACGGCCAGCUCCGAAGGGCCAGGCCGGCGCCAGCGGCGGGGGUGUGAAGUUGCACCCGGUGGAGCAGAGCACCUUUGACAUUCUGCAGGAUUUGGAUUUUGCUGGGUCCCCGGGGAACAACACCAGUGAGAGCCCUUGGAAGUCAGACCUGUUGGAGGACGAGAACUGUUUGCUUUCUCCUGGAGAAGACGAUGCGUUCCUUUUGGAAGGAAACUCCAAUGAGGACUGCAAGCCUCUCGUUUUGCCGGACACGAAACCUAAAAUUAAGGAUAAUGGAGAUCUGAUUUUAUCAAACUCCAGCAGCAUGCCACUGCCCCAAGUGAAAACAGAAAAAGAAGAUUUCAUUGAACUCUGCACCCCUGGGGUAAUUAAGCAGGAGAAACUGGGCCCAGUUUACUGCCAGGCAAGUUUUUCUGGGGCAAAUACAAUUGGUAAUAAAAUGUCUGCCAUCUCUGUUCACGGCGUGAGCACCUCUGGAGGACAGAUGUACCACUAUGACAUGAACGCGGCAACGCUUUCUCAGCAGCAGGAGCAGAAGCCCGUUUUUAAUGUCAUCCCACCAAUUCCUGUGACUUCAGAAAAUUGGAAUCGGUGCCAAGGGUCUGGAGAUGACAGCUUGACGUCCUUGGGGACUGUGAAUUUCCCUGGUCGGCCCGUUUUCUCGAAUGGCUACUCCAGCCCAGGAAUGAGACCAGAUGUGAGCUCUCCUCCAUCGACCUCUGCCACAGCCUCGGGACCACCUCCCAAACUCUGCCUGGUGUGCUCCGACGAAGCUUCGGGAUGCCAUUAUGGGGUCUUGACUUGUGGAAGCUGCAAAGUAUUCUUCAAAAGAGCAGUGGAAGGUAGACAGCACAAUUAUCUUUGUGCUGGAAGAAAUGAUUGUAUCAUUGAUAAAAUUCGAAGAAAAAAUUGCCCGGCGUGCCGUUACCGAAAAUGUCUUCAGGCUGGGAUGAACCUGGAAGCAAGAAAAACAAAGAAGAAAAUAAAAGGAAUUCAGCAGGCCACUACUGGAGUUUCACAAGAAACUUGUGAAAAUCCUUCUAACAAAACAAUAGUUCCUGCCACGCUACCCCAACUCACCCCCACGCUGGUGUCUCUGCUGGAAGUCAUUGAACCUGAGGUGUUAUACGCAGGCUACGAUAGCUCCAUUCCAGAUACCACUUGGAGGAUCAUGACCACACUCAACAUGUUAGGGGGGCGGCAAGUGAUAGCAGCAGUGAAAUGGGCAAAGGCGAUACCAGGAUUCAGGAACUUACACCUGGAUGACCAGAUGACCCUGCUGCAGUAUUCGUGGAUGUUCCUCAUGGCGUUUGCCUUGGGCUGGAGGUCCUACAGACAAUCUAGUGCAAACCUGUUAUGUUUUGCUCCUGAUCUGAUUAUUAAUGAAGAAAGAAUGAGUCUACCCUUCAUGUAUGAACAAUGUAGACAUAUGCUCUUUGUUUCCUCGGAGUUGAAACGGCUGCAGGUGUCUUAUGAAGAGUAUCUCUGUAUGAAAACCUUACUGCUUCUCUCUACAGUUCCUAAGGAAGGUUUGAAGAGCCAAGAGCUAUUUGACGAAAUCAGAAUGACCUACAUUAAAGAGCUAGGAAAAGCCAUUGUCAAGAGGGAAGGAAACUCCAGUCAGAACUGGCAGCGGUUUUAUCAACUAACAAAACUCUUGGACUCUAUGCAUGAAGUGGUUGAAAAUCUCCUUCACUAUUGCUUCCAAACAUUUUUGGAUAAGACCCUGAGUAUCGAAUUCCCAGAGAUGUUAGCUGAAAUCAUAACCAAUCAAAUACCAAAAUAUUCAAAUGGAAAUAUCAAGAAACUUCUGUUUCAUCAAAAGUGACUGCCUUAACAAGAAAGGUUGCCUUAAAGAAAGUUGAAUAUAGCUUUUAUUGUACAAACUACCAAUUCGUCCUGUAGAGGUUUUAUUGUUUUAUUUUCUUCCCUCUUUAGUUGUGUCCAUUUCUGUUUUGCUUUCAGUACGCACUACACGAGGUAUACAGAGGGCCAACACUUGGGGACAGAAGCAGGUGCCAUCACUCUUUUGGUGAUGGCAAAGUAGACAGUGAAACGCAUGUUGGUGUGUCCCAGAAAGUAGGAACAGUGAUAUGGGGUGAGCUCCGUGGUCAGCGAUGGCACCCCAACCACCAGAGUCCAAGUAUGUGUGCUGAACUCGGCUCCUGCUUCUCACAGCUGGCUGCAUAAAACCUCCUCGACCUUCUGCUGGUGUAUUCCCCCUGUAUAGUUAGGAUAGCAUUUGAUUUAUGCAUGGAAACCUGAAAAAAGUUUACAAGUGUAUAUCAGAAAAGGGAAGUCGUGCCUUUUAUAGCUUUUACUGUCUGGUUUUAACACUUUACUUUAUAUUCAGUGAACUACGCUUGCUCAUUUUUUUCUUACAUAGGUUUUGUAUCCAAGUUAUUGUACAGCUGUUUAAGAUGGGCAGCUAGUUCACAGCUUUCCUAAAUAAACUAAACAUUAAUCUUCUGUGUGAAAAUGGGUUGGUGCUUCUAACCUGAUGGCACUGAGCUAUCAGAAGACCACAAAAAUUGACUCAGAUCUCCAGUAUUCUUGUCGAAAAAGCUCGUAUUUGUAUAUAUCUGCUUCAGUGGAGAAUUCUAGAUUGUGCAGAUUAACCGUCUUGAUACAGAGCACCUAGCCCAGUGACCUGCUGGGUAAACUGUGGAUGAUGGCUCCAAAAAUAAACAAAAAAACCCUAUUUUUAAAACCAUAACCACCAAGAGGCUCUGUCUGCACCUGAUGCCCUAUCUGCAAGUGGCUAGCUGGUGACAAAGUUGGCAAACUAACAGUCUGUCAGACCUUGUAGUAAGCUAAUGUAACUUUUUUUAAAAGUUGUAAUUCCAGAAAACAAGCUGUAACAUGGCUGAGAGGGUUUCAAUCAGACCAAGUAAUUACUCUCACUAAACUCUACCCCAAAACAAAUCUCUCAGAUGGCAAAAGUGGCUAGACACCCAUUUUCACAUUCCCAUCUUUCAUCAUUUGGUUUCUCUUUCCUAGCGGUGCGGGAAAGCUCAGCUACUGCUAGCUGUCAUUUCGAACCGCCUGCCAGACAUCCACGCUCAUCACAGCAGUCAUCCCUACACGUGCCAUAGCGUCUAACACGAGCCUUGCGGGUUUCUUCAUUCUUCACUGUCGAGACUUAUGAUUUAAACAGAAUAGAAGCUGUAGUAGCCCUUUCUGUGUGCACCUUACCAACUUUCUGUAAACUCAAAACUUCACAUAUUUACUAAGCCACAAGAAAUCUGAUUUCUAUUCAUGGUGGCCAAACUGUGUAAUAGGAAACUGAAAAGCUAAUAUUAAAAAUAUGAAACUUCUAAUAUAUUUUUAUAUUUAGUUAUAGUUUGAUAUAUAUCAUAUUGGUAUUCAACUAAUCUGGGAAGGGAAGGGCUACUGCAGCUUUACAUGCAAUUUAUUAAAAUGAUUGUAAAAUAGCUUGUAUAGUGUAAAAUAAGACUGAUUUUUAGAUGAGAUUGUUUUAUCAUGACAUGUUAUAUAUUUUCGUAGGCGUCAAGGAAAUGUUGACGGAUACCCUAUACAAUUUGUGGUGUGUGCAAGCAUUCAUGCAGGCAGCAGUGCUCAGAACACCCACAGGCUUGCUCUGGGGGAGGGGGGAUGCAGAGUACCCUGUGUGUAGUGAAGGCUGCUGAGGCUCUGACCCAGUCAACUCCCAGGAAGGAAUCCUCUACUCCCAUUCUCACCAUCCUUUGCAUCCCAGGAGGGGAGCCGAGUGUGCUCAGGUGUCACUGGACAGUCAGGGGGUGUGUGCGAAGAGCCACCGUCAGGAACAGGGCUCCUUUCAUACGCCAACUCCAACAGGCUCAUGCAGUUUGGCAAUAAGACACAGAGGAACCAGCAAUAUGUAAAUAGUGCAGCAUUUCAUAGCUUGCCAGUAAUACACUAAUUCCUACAGAGCUUAUUUCCAAAUAAAAUGAAGACAUGUUUAAGAUUUUUUUGAAUGUCACUUCUUGAAUGUCAUUUUCAGUAUUAGAGAAAUUAUUUAAUAACAUAAUCAUCUGCUUUUUAAAUGCUCUGUAAAAGGGAGUUCCUUUUAUAAUGAUUUAAAUUGAUUCCUAAGAACCUUAAAAUGGAUUAUAAGCCAAAUGGAUAUAAAAUGUACAGUGCCUAACAAAUACCGCUUGAAUAUGAUCAAUGACAGAGUUGAAAUUCAAAGAACAUCUAGAAGGUAGAUUACUGUUCAUUCAUGAAAUUAUGUAUGGUUAAAACCAGAAAGCACAUCAGGCCUUAGUCUCGCUUUAGACCCAACAACCUUGGCUCAAAAAACAGAAAGUACUGUGGUGUCACAGCAAGUCAGCUGAUAUUAACACAGCAGCGGCAGAAAGCUUCUUAUUUAGUGGGAAAGCAGCAGCUAUAUGUGGGCAAAACAGAAAUUGACUAAACUGUACUUUGUGUAGUUAGGGAUUCAAGUGAAAAAGAUAAGGUACUGCUUCAAACCAGCUUCUUUCUAUGCAUGCAGUAUCCUGUCACCCAAAACGAUUCAAAUUUGCAAGCAACAUUAGUAAGAGUUGUUAAUAAGCCUAGUGAUUCACGACAAAUCCUGACAAGUUCUUUUAAUUACUGGUGAGGAAAUGUGACUCUUCUGGUGUUUGUUGCAGUGCACUACUUUACAGUCAGCCUGAGUAAAUAAGAAUAUAGUCUUUGGGAUAUAUAUAUAUAAUAUAUAUGCCCCCCCAGAAUUACAGGAAGGGAACUAAAGAGCACUUUGCUUCUCUUGAAGAAAAAACUCGAACACUUGGAAGGAGAACUUGAUCGGGUCAGGGUCUCCUAAGAGCUUGGCAGCAAGCAAAGGAUGCAGCCUGCAGGUAACAGGCCGACUCCUGUCAGGAUGGAGGGGAAGGGCGAUUCCACUUCUGCUGAAGUCUUAGCAUGUUAGUUCCCUCUAACACCCCAAGGCUACAUCACCAUCGAGUAAACAUUAGUACACUUAGAUUUGUCAAAGUCCAAGAACUGUAGCAGCCUCCAGUGGGAUUUCAGCCUUGGUUCGUUAGCGCAGUGACUAGCUGUCCAUGAAUGUGUUUUUAUGUGCCUGAAAAGCAAGUGUAAGGACACUUUAAAUCACUUUGUAUGAAAGUUGCAUCAUUUUCUAGACUAUUUUCAGUCAACCUGGCCCACCCAGGAUAGUGACCUGGUUUUCAGGAAGGGAUUAGCUUCUCUAGAAAUAUAUGAAAGAUUUUAUUUUCUGAUGUAAGGCUGUCAAAACACCCUCCACUAACUCACUUACUACACAGAGAUUCGAGUGUGUCAAUAUUCUAUUUUGUAUAUUAAACAAAUGCUAUAUAAUGGGGACAAAUCUAUAUUAUACUGUGUAUGGCAUUAUGAAGAAGCUUUUUCAUUAUUUUUUAUCACAGUAAUUUUAAAAUGUGUAAAAAUUAAAACCAGUGACUCCUGUUCAAAAAUAAAAGUUGUAGUUUUUUAUUCAUGCUGAAUAAUCUGUAGUAAAAAAAAAAAUGUCUUUACCUACACAGUGAAAUGUCAGACUGUAAAAUUUUGUGUGAAAAUGUUUAACUCUUAUUUUUCAUUUAAAUUUGCUGUUCUGGUAUUAUCAAACCACACAUUUGUACUGAAUUGGCAGUAAAUAAAUGUUAGUUAGCCAUUUACAGCAAUGCCAAAUAUGAAGAAACAUAAUAAAAAAAUCUGCUUUUUUUCA